AUGUCCAAGCGAUUUCAGUAUUAUAUCCUCUACGAGCAGCUCCAUCCGAUCAUACGUCUCGAGAUGUUACGUCUCUUGCCCGUUUCCGUCGUCCAUACAGCGUUUCGACAGCAUCUACGUGCACUUCAGACUGUAGCUCAUCGUCCAGUGUCUUACACACGCACUUUCACAUCGACACGCUUUUGUUUGAAUCCGGAAAAGCCAGCUACUCAGGCUUUUAAGGAUGGACAGAAAGCCCCGGAUGCACUAGUUCUCUCACCCUACGAGAAAGUGACGGCAACUGCCACUGGUGGCUUCUGGCUCGGCCUUAUUGGUCUCGGUGCUGUUGGAGUUUACUUUGUUGCACGUGAACUUCUGCCAAACCGAAUGAGCCCGAACGGCCUCUUCAGUGAGUCGCUGGACUUUAUUUCAGAAAACACAGAUGUAACUUCGCGUCUAGGUUUGCCGAUUCACGGCUACGGACAUGAUCAUGGUGGCCAUCGUGAAGGCCGUCGUAACCGCAUUGAGCACGUAAACCUUACAGCUAAGGACGGCACUCCACGUCUCCGGAUCAAGUAUAACAUCAAGGGACCCUCAGGUCACGCCUACGUGUUUGCCGAGGUGAACAAGGGCAUGAAGAAGAACGAGUACGUGUACCUUAUUGUACAGGUAACGAAGACGGGUGAGCUACUCAAGAUUGUUGACAACCGACAGAUUCUUUCAGCUGAGACAAAAGAGGAGCAAGAUGCUCUUCGCCAGUUGCUUGGCAAGUAG